GAAAUGAUGUUCCGCCAUUUGUUUUUGUGUUUGUCCGUGCUAACCCUCGCUCUGGGAACCCCUCAAAACUUUCUAACGAAGUAUUUCAAAGUUGGAAUUGAAUAUGAUCGGUCUCUACCGAUGAGCGGAGGUUCAGAUAGACUACGUCACAGGAAUAAUUAUGACCCUUUCUUUGUAACCAUUACGGCAUCGGCGAAGAAUGGCUACGUCAUAUCCUAUAUAGAAGUUACUGCGACAACCGCUCGAGAUGGUGAUGUGCAAUUUGCAGUGGUCCGAGGAAAGACGGGUGAAAAGAACCUGGUCUUCCACUUGGCGUCGAACAAUUCUGACUUCCUGACCUACUCCUACCUGGCGUAUGGCAUACGGGAGGAAGACUACAAAAAGGUGAACCAAGCUUCGAUACCUUUUUAG